UUUUCAUUCUGGAGCCGCUAUACAUCGUAUGUUUUAAUAUACAAACAAUAAAUAUUGAGUUAUUGGUUUAUAAAUCAAAAUUUUUGAAAUAAAAUUAAUUGUUUAGUGAAAUAAAAAUGAGUGCUGAAGGAAGAUUUGAACGAGAACGUUAUGGAUCCCGAUCACGGUCAAGGUCUCCAUUCCGUAAAAAUUUUAAUGAGCGCUCUUACAAUGACGAUGACUUUGGUAAAAAUAAGAACAGGCGACGUGAUCGAUCUCCUGAUGCAAGACGAUCUGGUCGGGGAGCAAAUGUGAAAAACAGGGUGUUUGUAAAUAAUAUACCAUUUGAAUGCAGAUGGAUGGAACUAAAAGAUUUAUUUAGAGAGAAAGUUGGAGAUGUUGCUUUUGUGGAAUUGUUUGAAGAUGAAAGUGGAAAAUUUAAGGGCUGUGGAGUGGUUGAAUUCAAAGAUGCAGAAACUGCACUGAAGGCUGUGGAUAUUAUGCAUAAACACGAACUUCGAGGGAGACCACUGAAUGUUAAAAUAGAUACUGGUGAAAUGGACAGACGGCGAACUUCGUCAAGAACAUCCGAACGAGAAUUCAUGAGAAAUAGUGAUGGAUUUGGCAAUAAUGAGUUUAGACAUGAACCUUCAUUUAACACAUAUGGUCUCAAUCCAGAUUUUUUGAAAUCACUUGGAAUACAUGGACCAUUAAAUAAUAAAGUUUUUAUUUCAAAUCUUGAUUAUAAAGUCACAGAAAAGAAACUUGAAGAAAUAUUUAAGAUUGCUGGAAAACUAGUUAAGGUUGAAUUAAAUGUUGACAAUGAAGGGAAAAGUAAAGGCCAUGGUACUGCUGAAUAUGAGCAUCCAUUAGAAGCUGUACAAGCUAUAUCUAUGUUUAAUGGCCAACGAUUAUAUGCUCGAAUAAUGAAUGUUCGAAUGGAUAAAUUUAGUGAGGAAGGUGAUUCUAUUCCAUCUAAAUUACCUGUUGGACUUCAUGGUAUAGGGAAAGGGCUAGGAAUUAAUGGCCAACCUAUGCAGUUUAGCAAAAAUGCUACUGGUCCAACCGGAAGUUUCGGUUUUGGAAUGGGAAUGGGAGGUAAUGUUUGUGAUGAUUUCGUUUCAGGCAGUGUAGGAGGAGGUGUAAUGUCUGGUUCAAGUAAUUUAAUGUUGUCCUCAUCUGGAAUGGGUCUUCCUGCUACAGGAUCAAUGGGUAUGAAUAAUUCAAUGGCUGCUGACAGAAUGAUGGGUGCCUCUUCAAUGGGCAUGGGCAUGAGUGGCUCAAGUAUGGGUGUUCCCUCUCCCAAUGUUGGCAUGGGAAUGGGAGGAACAUCCUCCAUGAUGUCCAGUGGCAACGUGAUGGGCCGUUCUGGUAUUGAUAACAUGGGUCGCGAUACACCUUAUCAACUUGGAAGUGGAGGUCGAAACUUUAGAGAUGGUUUUGAUCGAUCAAAUGAUUCCUACGGCAAUUCAAGUUUGUCCGACACAGUAUUAUUAGGAAAUCUCCCAAGUUCAUUCAGCUGGCAAACUCUUAAAGAAAGAUUCCGAGAUAUUGGAGAAGUAAGAUUUGCUGAACUUAAAGGACAAGGAAAUGCAAUUGUACGGUUUGCAAAUGUUCAAGAUGCUCAGCGUGCUGUUGAUUUGAUGAAUGGUUAUAGAAUUGAAGGCCGGGCUAUUCAAGUUCGAUUCUACUGAAUACGGUUUCUAUUUUGACAAAGUCACUUCAGUCAGCAUUUCAUGUGCAUUUGAUCAUUUUGUCAGCAUAUUCAGAUGUGUACUUUUGAUUAUGAUUUCACUCUUAUUGUACAAGUUGAUGUUAUAUGUGUAUGAAACAUAGCUAAUUUAGUACAUAUUGGUAAACUACUAUACCGAAUCAAUAUUCUAAAUUGAUAUUUCAUAUUUUUCAUGUGACGUAUAUUAUAAUAUUACUAUUUUAACAUGUGCAGAAAUUCAUGUUUCCAUUUUUUUUUAUUGUGUAUAUAGAUCAUUUUGUGACAUUUGUUUAAAUGCAGGCAUAUUAAAUUGCCAGCAGACAUCAUUUUUGAUCUGUUUCAGAUUUUACUGAGUGAGAUUUAAAAGGAAUAAAAUUUUAUUCCAUUUAAGCAACGAUUCUGGUGUUGUGAUAAGCAUAAUAAGACAAACUUGAAUUUUGAUAAUAAAAUUAUACUUACAAUAUUGGAACAAGAACUUUAUAUGGAAUUCAUUUCUAAUGUAUUGGCUUAUGUUAUCUCAAUAAAGUACUUGCUUUUGUUUCUUA